AUGAGCCCGGUCACAAUCUCCACACUUUUGAUUGAGAACGACGGAUCUGCUGAGCCAUACUCCCUAGGCGACAAAGUGGACAACGCCUCGCCUUUCAUUGCCUUUUCUGAUCACGGCUGGGAACAUAGAAUAAAUGAAUCGUUUUCGUGGAUGAACACCGUUUCAUCUACGAGCACUGUCGGUGCAUGGGUUCACAUUACAUUCUCAGGUUCAGGGCUUUGGGUAUACGGUGUACCCAUGCAAGAGCAAACCUUGCUACGGAUGGACCUCUACUCGCUGCUCGAUGACAUUACGAUAGAGAGUACAGUAAGAUCCAUCAUGCGUGCAAAGAAUACCGAGAUCAUGACACAUCAAGUACUCUUGUUCAAUCACUCAUUGUCCGGUUGGGCCAGUAUGCACUCGUACAAUAUCAGCGUCGAGAGAGGGGCAUUGCAUCUCGACUUUAUUAGAAUCAAUGGCACCAUACUCCAAUCCCGCGACCUGCGGCCUGGAUAUUCUGAUACAGGAUCAGUCUGGGCUAGACCAGUCAGUCCAGAAGCAUCAGCAGAGGCAAUAGUAUUCGCCCUCUGUACGAUACUCCUCAUCCUCUUUUGUGUCAGCUACCUUCUAUUCGUCUUUUGCCGACGGCGGAUCUGGAAUGCUACCCAUCGUCGUACGAAAGGAUCCGAAUCGACACGUGAAGAAUCCAUCUUUGUCGGCCAACAAGUGCGCCGACGGUGCUCGCCACUCGUCAUCUCAACCCCGCGUCAAGGCGAACUCAAUCCCACCAACGCGAUGAGCAAAUACCCUAUACUUUUCACGCCUUAUUCUCCCUCAGGAGGACUAGUCAGAGCGGACUCUUGUUCGCACAUAUCGUCUUCACAUGUAACGUUGGCGCCACCUCAGGAAGAUAUGGCGCACACAUCAUCCACAUCCCAUGCAUACGAUCAGUGCCAUGAUCAGAAUCUGGAAAUUCUGCAACUUUCGCACAAUGACCUUGCGCGGGUAUUCGACCGUGCACAGACCCUUCAGCUAUUAGCUCGGGACAUUGGUCAGAAUAUUCCACCAGAGGAUGGAAAUGAAGAUUACUUUGAAAAUUUAGCACGAAGGCUCGCCAUGGGUGCCUACUCGAUGUCCAAUAACUCAUCAUCUCAUGCGUCCUGA